AUUCAUUGGUUUUCAGUGCAUUCCUAUGGGAACCCGCAUGUCGGUUUACAAAUUUUUCACAAUAAGAAAAGUCCUGGAGAACGAAUUGAAUUCCGAGGUAUGCCUGUAUUGGCCCCGCCCUCCUGAUCAUGUGAUUCAGGUGCCCCAAUCCCCUCCAAAUCAUGUGAUUCAGGUGUUCCAAUCCCCUCCAAAUCAUGUGAUUCAGGUGUUCCAAUCCCCUCCAAAUCAUGUGAUUCAGGUGUUCCAAUCCCCUCCAUAUCAUGUGAUUCAGGUGUUCCAAUCCCCUCCAAAAUCAUGUGAUUCAGGUGUUCCAAUCCCCUCCCAAUCAUGUGAUUCAGGUGUUCCAAUCCCCUCCAAAUCAUGUGAUUCAGGUGUUCCAAUCCCCUCCAAAUCAUGUGAUUCAGGUGUUCCAAUCCCCUCCAUAUCAUGUGAUUCAGGUGUUCCAAUCCCCUCCAUAUCAUGUGAUUCAGGUGUUCCAAUCCCCUCCAUGGACACAGGUGUAUACAAUCAUCCCCUAGGUAUGCAGGCUGCUUCUACAAACAUUGGUGAAAGAAUGGGUCGCUCUCAGGAGCUCAGUGACUCCAAGCGUGGUCCCGUGAUAGGUGGCCACCUGGGCAAUAAGUCCAUCCGUGACAUUUCCUGGCUACUAAAUAUUCCACGCUCAACUGUUAGUGGGAUUAUAACAAAGUGGAAGCAACUGGGAACAACAGCCACUCAGCCACCAAGUGGUAGGCCACGUCACAUGACAGGGCGGGGUCAGCGCAUGCUACAACACACGUGCCACCCCACCCAUAGGCGUGAACCUCGCCGAAUACAAAUCCAAGCUGCGUGG